AUGUCGACAGGACAACUCUUCUCUCGAACUACACAAGCUUUGUUUUACAAUUAUAAGCAGCUGCCUAUUCAACGCAUGCUUGAUUUUGAUUUUCUCUGUGGGAGGGAAUUACCGUCUGUAGCUGGAAUUAUUAACCCUGGUGCUGAGGGAUUUCAGAAACUCUUUUUCGGCCAAGAGGAAAUUGCAAUCCCUGUGCAUUCGACCGUCGAGGCAGCUUGUGCUGCUCACCCAACUGCCGAUGUGUUUAUCAACUUUGCAUCAUUCAGAAGUGCGGCUGCUUCAUCCAUGGCUGCUCUGAAGCAGCCAACUGUUCGAGUUGUGGCUAUCAUAGCUGAGGGUGUUCCUGAGGCAGACACCAAGCAAUUGAUUGCAUAUGCUCGGGCUAACAAUAAGGUUGUCAUUGGCCCAGCCACUGUUGGAGGCAUUCAAGCUGGAGCAUUCAAGAUAGGUGACACUGCUGGAACAAUUGAUAACAUAAUUGCUUGCAAGCUAUACCGGCCUGGCUCUGUUGGCUUUGUCUCCAAAUCUGGUGGCAUGUCUAAUGAACUAUACAACACAAUUGCCCGUGUAACCGAUGGAAUUUAUGAAGGUAUUGCAAUUGGAGGUGAUGUGUUCCCAGGAUCUACUCUUUCUGAUCAUGUUCUGCGGUUUAACAACAUCCCACAGGUUAAAAUGAUGGUUGUACUUGGGGAACUUGGUGGACGGGAUGAGUAUUCUCUCGUUGAAGCCCUAAAGCAGGGAAAGGUAAACAAACCAGUGGUUGCUUGGGUCAGUGGAACUUGUGCGACGCUCUUUAAAUCAGAAGUACAAUUUGGUCAUGCUGGUGCUAAAAGUGGUGGUGAGAUGGAGUCUGCUCAAGCAAAAAAUCAAGCACUAAAAGAUGCCGGAGCUGUUGUUCCCACUUCAUACGAAUCUUUUGAGACUGCAAUUAAGGAAACAUUUGAGAAACUGGUUGAAGAAGGGAAGACUACACCUGUAAAGGAGUUUACGCCUCCACAAAUCCCGGAGGAUCUUAACAUUGCAAUCAAGAGUGGAAAAGUCCGGGCACCAACUCAUAUUAUUUCUACCAUCUCUGAUGACAGAGGUGAGGAACCAUGCUAUGCUGGCGUGCCAAUGUCUUCCAUUGUUGAACAGGGUUAUGGUGUUGGUGAUGUCAUCUCUCUUUUAUGGUUCAAGCGCAGCCUUCCACGUUACUGUACCCAUUUUAUCGAGAUAUGCAUCAUGUUGUGCGCCGACCAUGGUCCCUGUGUCUCUGGUGCUCACAACAGUAUAGUAACUGCAAGGGCAGGAAAGGACCUAGUUUCUAGCCUUGUCUCAGGUUUGCUCACAAUUGGUCCCCGAUUUGGUGGUGCCAUUGAUGAUGCAGCUCGGUACUUUAAGGAUGCUUAUGACAGGGGUCUAACACCCUAUGAGUUUGUUGAAGACAUGAAGAAGAAAGGAAUUCGUGUUCCCGGUAUUGGGCACAGGAUCAAGAGAGGGGACAACAGGGAUAAAAGAGUGGAGCUUCUACAGCGGUUUGCUCGAACACAUUUCCCUUCUGUAAAAUAUAUGGAGUAUGCUGUUCAAGUCGAAACCUACACUCUUUCAAAAGCCAAUAACUUGGUCCUUAACGUCGAUGGUGCAAUUGGGUCCCUUUUCUUGGAUCUGCUUGCAGGCAGUGGAAUGUUCACUAAACCAGAGAUUGAUGAGAUUGUUGGGAUUGGCUAUUUGAAUGGACUCUUUGUGUUGGCACGUUCCAUUGGUUUGAUUGGGCACACCUUUGACCAGAAGAGAUUGAAACAGCCUCUAUACCGUCACCCAUGGGAAGAUGUUCUCUACACCAAGUGA